AUGGCCAUGAUGAUGAACAUGAUGGUUGCAGUUAAUUUUACAUCUGAUAUGGAAAGAAAUCUGGCUCAUGAUCACGCACAGGUUGUUCCUAUCACACUCGUUGUCGCUGUUCUAUGCCUUUGCUUGCUCAUUGGUCACUUGCUUGAAGAAAGUCGAUGGAUUAAUGAAUCCAUUGUCGCCAUUUUUGUUGGAUGCAUUGCUGGAUUGGUUAUCUUGUUAUUAACUAAGGGAAAAAGUUCUCGGAUCCUUACAUUUAAUGAAGAAGUAUUCUUCAUAUACCUCCUCCCCCCUAUAAUAUUCAAUGCAGGGUUUCAGGUGAAGAAGAAACAGUUCUUCCACAACUUUUUAACCAUCAUGCUGUUUGGAGUGAUAGGGGUUUUCAUUUCAACGUCUAUUAUUACCGGUGGCAGCUGGUGGCUGUUUCCCAAGUUGGGCUUCCCUUACCUUACAGCGCGAGAUUAUCUCGCUUUAGGAGUAAUUUUCUCGUCAACCGACACAGUAUGUACACUACAGGUUCUUAAUCAAGAAGCUACUCCUUUACUAUACAGCUUAGUCUUUGGGGAAGGAGUGGUAAAUGAUGCAACAUCAGUUGUACUCUUCAAUGCAGUCCAAAAGCUUGAUGUUUCAAGACUUAACGGCAAGGCACUCCGUGUUAUUGGUGACUUCUUGUAUCUAUUCGCAGCAAGUACCGCACUUGGAGUCAUAGCUGGACUUGUCACAGCAUAUAUCUUGAAAGCGUUAACCUUUGGAAGACAUUCAAGUGUUCGUGAAAUUUCAAUGAUGAUGUUAAUGGCAUAUCUAUCCUACAUGUUAGCAGAGCUUCUUGAACUAAGUGGAAUCCUCACUGUUUUCUUUUGCGGAAUAACAAUGUCACAUUAUGCAUGGCAUAAUGUGACUGAAAUUUCAAGAACCACAACCAGGCAUGUGUUUGCAACAAUGUCAUUUAUCGCAGAAACUUUCAUAUUUCUUUAUGUCGGUAUGGAUGCCCUUGACAUUGAAAAGUGGAGGAUGACCCAUUUAAGAUUUGGAAAAUUGUUGGGAAUUUACAGUUGCUUAAUUUUCUUAAUAUUGCUUGGGAGGGCUGCAUUUGUUUUCCCGCUCUCCACACUGGUCAAUUAUAUGAAUAGGCGCGUCGAAGAAACACCAAGUAUCACAUUACAACACCAGAUAAUCAUCUGGUGGGCUGGAGUAAUGAGGGGAGCAGUCUCCAUUGCUUUGGCCUUCAAACAGUUCACAUUCUCUGGGGUUACUUCAGAUCCAGUUAAAGCCACAAUGAUUACCAACACCAUUAUUGUUGUCCUUUUCACCACACUGGUGUUUGGUUGCGUCACAAAACCACUUGUUAGAUAUCUUCUUCCCCACCACCACGCAAGAAGGGUAGACAAGAGCCAUGAAGGGUCGAGCUCACCCGUUGCGGACUUGAAUCUACCUUUACUAUCCUUUGACGAGUCAGCAGAAACCAACCUUAGCCGUGCAAAGGAAAGCCUAUCCAUGUUAAUAGAAAGUCCUGUAUACACUAUACAUUACUAUUGGAGGAAGUUUGAUGAUGCACACAUGAGACCUAUAUUUGGAGGACCUUGCUCUAACCCUAACCCUUCAGAGUGCUAG